AUGAAAGAAAUUUGUGAAUUAGUUCCAUUACAAAAAGGAAAUAUUAAGAUUAAUGUUCGUGGCUAUCUAAUGCUAAAGGAUAAAGCACUUAAGAAUACAUUUUAUUGUGUUUGUGGAAAAACGAAGCUAGAAAAUUGUAAAGGUCGAGCAAUAACUAAAUUUAUUAAUGGUUCACAUUAUCUUAAAAAAUUUAGUGAACAUCAUCACUCACCUCAAGCUAGUGAUUCAGUUGUAGCAAAAGCUAUUGGUCAAAUUAAAAAACAAGCUUUUGAAACUACAGAAAUGCCAACAGAACCACAAAAUAUUGAUGAUAUUAAUAUUCCAGACUCACUUCAAUUUACUUUGGAUG